UCAGACGGCGCACAUAAACAAACGCGCGUUACAAGAGCACACUUUGCAAAGCACCUAUCAGCACUGACACACUCAGCAGCACGGGAACGGACGCAGACGCGCUCCCUUAGAGCUACUCGGGGGAGUUUGAUGAUUUCUUUUUUAUUUCAUUUUCUACUUUUUAUACUUUAGUAAAAGUAAGUGGAGGGAACGGAACUUUCUUCUUCUUUUUUGAUGCCGACGAUUCCUGUGCCUCUCCACUAUUACUAAGAGUGCUUUUAUUGAUUUUUUUUUUAUUAUUAUUAUUGUCUCAUUAUUUCAACUCUUGGUGGUUGCUCUGGAUGGAAAUAGGAUACUUCACGCGAAGUUAUUAGCCUACUACAUGUAAAGACGGAACCGCUACAGCAAACAAGCACAGGUUCGGAAGAGCGCGCCCAGCCGAGCUCGGAGCACCGGCGAUCGGACACUUCCUUAGCGACGCCAACCGAGCUCUCCCCGCUCCAGGAGCCUUGCCCCGGCCGCAGCCACGCCACCCCUAAAUCCCGGACACCCAGCACCAUUCAGCGCGAGGCUCUUUCACCAGAUCUAUGGCAUUCUGACAAUGAACAAGCGCACUCAGUUAUUGGAACAGCUGCAGUUUGUCCAGUUGAAAUGCACACCUCGAGAUAUGCCCUGUGUGCAGGCUCAGUACGGGCCGGCCCCUCCAGGCUCAGCCUAUUCUGGCCAGUCCUUCAGUUACCAGAGUGAGAUCUACAGCUCUGAACUCAUGACCUCUGACUACACCAAGCUGGACCUAGGUGGGGGCGAGAUCUCUGCAGCAGCUGCCACCACUUCCCUCCCCAGCUUCAAUGUCUUUGUGGAGGGGAGCUAUGAGCCAAAAUCCUCCUGCCUCUACCAGAUGCCUACACACAGGCCCACCAUCAAAAAGGAGGAGGAGACCUACCCAACUGCCCCACCCCUGGAGGCCAUGUCCUCCUCCACCAUGUACUUUAAACAGUCUCCUCCAUCCACGCCCACCACCCCGUCUCUACCACCCCAGCCUGGCACCUCCUUCUUGUGGGGGGAGGAGCACCCUCUGGCUCCUUCUCACCCUCACUCUCUAGGCUCCAGCCUGGAGACGGGCCCCCUGAAGUCCCCCCGUUUUCCACACUUCUACCAGCAUUCACCACCCCACAGUGGAGGCAGUGUUGGUGGUUAUGACAGUCUGGGAGGAGGGUUGGUUCGCACCUCUUCUUCCUCCUCCUCCUCAUCAUCAUCGGUCUCCCAUCCUCACGGCCCACCCCUGGAGCAGCCCAUGUACCAGCUGCACCGCGGAGCUGGGAGCAGCAGCCUCGCCUUCCGCUCCCUGGCUCUUGGACCUUGUGGCCCUCUACUAGGAGACAGCUUGCCCUCUCCUCCCCCACGUGGCCCACAGGGAGAGGGAACCUGUGCAGUGUGUGGGGACAACGCGGCCUGCCAGCACUAUGGCGUACGUACAUGUGAGGGCUGCAAAGGCUUCUUCAAGCGCACCGUGCAGAAAAACGCCAAGUACGUGUGUCUGGCCAGUAAGAACUGUCCUGUGGACAAGAGGAGACGCAAUCGCUGCCAGUACUGCCGCUUUCAGAAGUGUCUGAGUGUGGGAAUGGUAAAGGAAGUGGUACGUACUGAUAGUUUGAAGGGGCGCAGAGGUCGUCUCCCCUCAAAACCAAAGAGCCCCCUGCAGACGGAGCCAUCUCCUCCUUCUCCACCCCUCAGCCUCCUCUCUGCUCUGCUCAGGGCUUAUUCCCACUGCACACCUCGUGACCUUGACUACAGCCAGUUCAGCGCUGCCGACCCUCCAUCCUCCUCCUCGGACGCAGAGCACAUCCACCUCUUCUACAGGCUGCUCACCAUCUCGAUGGAGACCACGCGGUGCUGGGCUGAGCGGCUGCCUGGCUUCUCUGAGCUUCAGCGUGAUGAUCAGAACUUGCUCAUAGACUCUGCCUUCCUGGAGCUGUUUGUCCUGCGAUUGGCUCACAGGUCGAUGCUGUCAGAGGAUAAACUAGUGUUCUGUAACGGCUUGGUGCUGCACAGGUUCCAGUGCCUUCGUGGGUUCGGAGAGUGGCUGGACUCCAUCCAGGAAUUCUCCACUCACCUCCAGAACCUAAAUCUGGAUACCUCUGCCUUCGCCUGCCUGGCCGCCCUUGUGCUGCUCACAGAGCAAGUCCCAGGUCUGAAGGACUCAAAGCGGGUCGAGGAGCUGCAGAAUAAAGUGAUCUGCUGUCUCAGAGACCACCUGGGCUGCAGCCCUUCAUCCUCCUCGUCCAAGGCUGCCCCUUCUCUGAGUCGUAUUUUGGGUAUAAGGGAAGAGCUUCGUUCCCAGAGGACCCAGGGCCUUCAACGAAUCUUCUACCUGAAGCUGGAGGAUCUGGUAGCGCCUCCACCGCUGAUCGACAGGUUCCUGGACACUCUGCCCUACUGAUGACAAGGGACUGAGCACGCAGCGAAAUAAGCCCACGCCACGUCCCGACAAGGCCUUUCCCCAAAGGAGCAUGCACACACACCCAGAAGAGAGAGACGCACUCUCUCAAGACUGAUGCAGCACACGGAGAGCCAAUCAAAUAUUUUUGACUCAACGGGACAACCAAACGAGAGCGCCUUUCACUCAAACGGACUACCAUCUAAAUGCUUUUCACCUGUAUAAAAGACAAUUACUCAAACGCUUUACCACUUUUUAGUUGAUCCUCCUGUUUUUCCCCACACGGGGGGGAGGAUGAUGAGGCUGAGAUGGACAGGAGAAAAGUGACUUUUUUUUUACUGUCCUCUCUUUGUCUGGGUUGCAACUUAUUCAGCAAAAAAAAAGAAAGAACCAACGUUUAUGAGUACUGUUUUUCUGUGUUUCAGCCUGACCCGUUCUGUGUGAGGACUUCUGUUUAGGAAAGAGGGUAGGAGAGGUGGCAGUGUGAAAGAACUGCCUUCCAAGCUGUUGCUUGGAGGAAAGGGGUGUUAUUGUUUUGAAAUGUGCCGAGAUGUCAGGUCGAGCAGCGUAAGCACAGGCGGGCAGAAAUAUUACAACGCAGGACACAGGUGUUUCAUAAACACGUGGAAGUGGCUGUUGAGGUGGGCUCUUAAUUACAAGUGCAAUUUCUUAAGUGCUAUCUCGCCACAAGAGGAAGAGAUGGAGGAGGAACAAUUUACUUUCAAACUCUAAAUUAUUUUAAUACAAAAACUUGUCCUGUACUGUCAGUAGUUAAAAGAAAGGCAGUCUCCAUCUGGCUUUAGACAGCAGAGGAGAUACUGUGCACUAACGAUCAAUGACUGAGUCACCCAGACUUGAACUUGCUCUACUAUGUGGUUUUUUUUAUUAACUCAUUUUGAAAUCAUAGGUUGAGUAGGAGUAUGGAGGAAUGAACAUGGGCAGAAAUUGGCUUUUGAAGCACUUACACCCUGAGAAGGGCUAGAAGCACAGACACACACCCUACCUGCUCGCCUGGAGGACGGCGGGAAAGUCGGGGAGAGGAGGGUGCUCGACAGAUAGCUGUACGUUCAGGGGUGAAACAUUCCAUGACCAUGCUCUUUUUCUUUUCAUUUUAUAUCGCGGAGGAUGUGUGAGUGUGGAGGACAUGAUUGCCUACUGUCUUUGUGUGUACACUUAGAGAAGCCAGGAUCAUAUGCAUGGUGUGUUAUAAGCUGUCAAGAGCUGGCAUAGCCUGUCAAAACAGCUCGACCUGUGUUUGUGUCUCAGACUGCAGCUCUAUGGGAAUCUCCCCAGGCCUCCACCACCCACUCACACCCACAGAAUGGCGGUUUUAAAAAAAAAAUCAAAUUAUAUAAAUAUAAAUAUAUAUAUAAAUAAAUAUAUAUAUAUAUACAAAACUAAUAUUUUGAAGUGUUUUUAGCUUUUUCAAAUAUUGUGGUACGAGUUGUGCAUUGUUUUUUGAAGAAGAGAAACAAAAAAAGAAAAAAAAAAGUUGCUGUUUUUUCAAUGUCCUUCUUUGGUUAGAGUUUCCUGUUUGAUUUUUUUUUUCUUUCUCUUUGGUUCACUGGAUUUUUCUGU